CCGAAUUUUGCAAAUAUUACCUUUCUAGGUCACUGUCAUCCGGACUGGGAAUUCACAAGACCCGUGAGGCGGGAGAGCAGGGUCCAGCAAUGCCUGCGAGAAGACCUCGUUCACCUUCCUCAGGCAGGAGCUGCCCGUGCGCCUGGCUAACAUCAUGAAGGAGAUCAACUUGCUUCCUGACCGGGUACUGAGUACGCCUUCCGUGCAGCUGGUGCAGAGCUGGUAUGUCCAGAGCCUCCUGGACAUCAUGGAAUUUCUGGAUAAGGACCCUGAGGACCAUCGUACCCUGAAUCAGUUCACCGAUGCCCUGGUCACCAUCCGGAAUCGGCACAAUGACGUGGUGCCCACCAUGGCGCAGGGUGUGCUGGAAUACAAGGACACCUACGGCGAUGACCCCGUCUCCAACCAGAACGUCCAGUACUUCCUGGACCGCUUCUAUCUUAGCCGAAUCUCCAUCCGCAUGCUCAUCAACCAGCACACUCUGAUCUUUGAUGGCAGCACCAACCCAGCCCACCCCAAGCACAUUGGCAGCAUCGACCCCAACUGCAACGUCUCUGAGGUGGUCAAAGAUGCCUACGACAUGGCCAAGCUCCUGUGUGACAAGUAUUACAUGGCAUCACCUGACCUGGAAAUCCAGGAGAUCAAUGCAGCCAACUCCCAGCAGCCGAUCCACAUGGUCUACGUCCCCUCGCACCUCUACCACAUGCUUUUUGAGCUCUUCAAGAAUGCCAUGCGGGCCACCGUGGAAAGCCAUGAAUCCAGUCUCGUUCUCCCGCCCAUCAAGGUCAUGGUGGCCUUGGGCGAGGAAGAUCUGUCCAUCAAAAUGAGCGACCGAGGUGGGGGUGUCCCCUUGAGGAAGAUCGAGCGACUCUUCAGCUACAUGUACUCCACAGCACCCACCCCUCAGCCUGGCACCGGAGGGACCCCACUGGCUGGCUUUGGCUAUGGGCUCCCCAUUUCCCGCCUCUACGCCAAGUACUUCCAGGGAGACCUGCAACUCUUCUCCAUGGAGGGCUUCGGGACCGAUGCGGUCAUCUAUCUCAAGGCCCUGUCCACGGACUCGGUGGAGCGCCUGCCCGUCUACAACAAGUCAGCAUGGCGCCACUACCAGACCAUCCAGGAGGCCGGCGACUGGUGCGUGCCCAGCACGGAACCCAAGAACACAUCCACGUACCGUGUCAGCUAGGGGCCACCGAGCAGAUGGACUGCUGUCUCCGGGUCCGGCCACCACGGUGACCCUCCCCAUCUCCAAGAGGGGGUGGAGGGUGGGUGCUCCCUGAUGACCAGGUCCCAUCUCUAUGGAAAUCACCACAGUGACUGGUCUGUGGUGGUCCCUAAGUGCCAAUCUGUCUCUGUGGAGACCCCCUCGGCAGUCUCGCUGGUGUCCAGUCUCUGUGGGCGAUGCCUGUGGGUUGGGGAUAUCUCCACCCUGAUGGGGUGUCCCGGAAACAUUUUCCCAUGGCCCACCUCUCUGAGACCAGGGCUGACCCUUUGCUGCCAGGGUCCUGAGUCCCCCUAGCACCUUCUACAGCCCUGGCCUUCCCAGUGGAUGCCCCCGCUUGCCUUAGUCCCCAGCCCACACAGGCACCCUGGCUCUGGUAUGCUGGCACUGCUAGGAAGGGGCCGGUGGCCUGCCAAUCUGGGGCGUGAGUAGAGAAAGGUGGUAUCCCCUUGACCCCUGUCGGAGGCCUGCAGCCUCUCCCUCCACUCUGGACUUCCAGGUCCAGGUUGGCAGGGGAGGCAGAAGGUCGUAGCUAGGGCUCACCCCUAAACCUGGGAAGACCCAGAGGUCUCCCGCCCAGCCAAGCUGCUCGAGGCCUUGGUGACGGUUGUGCCAUCUCUUAGCCUUUCCCCAGCAUGUCCUCACAUGCACACACCCACCUGCCCUCCACACGCCCUCUCAGUCCUGCCUGAGCUCCAGACCCAGCCCCCACUGCCCAGAUACGUGUGCUCAGGGUGGCUUUCUCCCUCAGACACUCUAUGUAUAUAGCUAGUUUUAUAACCCUGAAUGCCCCCCAACCAGCCCCUUGGCACACAAGGGGUUAAAGCUGUGUGCCCUCCCAGUAGCUGUGACGGUGAGGGUGACACCCACAGUAAAGAGGAGAUUGAAUGAGA